AUGAAGGCCGCUUUCCUGCUUCGUGUGCUUUCGGCCACGUCGCUCCUCGUCAAUGCAAACGCCAAUUCGAUCGAUCACCAGCAGCGGGACGGUUCACUUGAUGACUCUAUCAAAGCUCAGCAGAUUAUUUCCAUGAAUGGGAUGCUUAGCAACGUUGACGGCUCUUGGGGAACCCCGAGUGGCAUGAUGCUUGCGAGUCGGUCGGAUCCAGAUCCUCUUAUAGGCGAUGCUAAACAUAUACUUGCGGAAGCAAAAGGCGCAAAACAGUACUCACGCGCGCAGAAGACCGUCAAAGCUACGUUAUGGCCCACCAUCACGGAUGAUCUAGAAAUUAUUGCUCGGUCCUGGAAUCGAACCAGUCCUGAUGUGUGGAAAGAGACGAAUGCUUCUUCGUUCUUCACUCUCUCAGCAUCACAUCGCGCUCUGGUCGAAGGACUGGCACUUUCAGAGACGUUGAACCGAACCUGCGACGGCUGCACUUCUGCCGUGCCACAGAUAUUCUGUUUCAUGAGCAGUUUCUGGGGCGAUAAUUAUAUGCACGCAAAUCUCAACGCCAAAGACCAAAGGAGCGGGAUAGACGCGAGCUCUAUCCUCUCUUCUAUCAACACGUACGAUCCUCAAGCCGGCUGCACAAACAGUACCUUCCAGCCAUGCUCUUCCAGAGCCCUGGCCAAUCACAAAACAGUAACCGACUCUUUCCGCCCUCUAUACGGUAUCAACAAUGGCAUUGCACAAGGCCAGGGAGUUGCCGUUGGAAGAUACCCAGAGGAUUCUGAUCACGGCGGUAACCCGUGCUGUACCUGGCCAGACUCCAAUGGCUCGAACUUGAAAGUUUGA